AUGGGAUCUGGGUAUCAGAGAGUAAGCCCAGAUUAUCUUCCUCUUACAAAUACCAAAAAGCCCUACUUAAGACCUUCACCUUCCAGAUCCAACGAAAACGGAAGAACCACCACCACCGCGAUUUCAACCGAAGGAGGAGGUGGAAGAUUCAACGGUAUAAGCACUAGCUCGAAUCUCGACGGAGUUCCUAAAGGAUUCCGAUUCAGAUCCACUUCUACUAGCACCACCACAGCACAACAACAACAAGAUCUCUCUCACGAUUCCGCCGCAAACCCUAGAGGAGGAGGAGAUGGAUUGUUACAGUGGGGACAACGGAAACGAUCACGUGCCUCUAGAACCGAGAUCCGAUCCGUCACCGUCGCAGCGGCAUCAGCAGCUGAUGAUUCUUCGUCUUCCUCCGGACAAAGUUUGAUUCCGUCGAACAAAAUCCAGAGACGAUCGACAAAUCCGUCUAUGCCGCCGCCGUCAAUGUCACCGUCGCCUCUAUGCGGCGGAGGAGGUGGACGGAGUACGAAUAUGAGAAACGGUUUCGUCACCGGCAAGGAAUCAUCUAGAUUCAUCCCUACCAGGUUUAGCUCAAAAUCUUUUUAUUUUGCUUCCAUUUUAAGAAUUGAUUUGGAUUUUUUUUUUCUUUUUACAGAGCUUAAAAUCUAA